ACAACCUAACCAAACCAAGCUUGAGAUUUUAUUUUAGUGCGCAUGCUAUUGUAUUGUAUCUUUACUUACUUCUUAAUCGUUAAUUUAACAAUUUUUCGUCUAAUAUUAAAGAUUACAGUAUUCCUUUACCUGGUAAACUAACUCUACCCUAAUUAUGGGUUCGAAAAAGCACAAGAAAGAAUCUAAAAAGAAGAAGCAUAGGAGUAGGUCUCGUUCUCCUUUGGACGGCGAAGAACGCGAAAGGAAAAGACAUAAGAAACACAAGGAUCGCAAAAAGGAACGCUCUCCUGAUGUGGAGGAGGUGCCGGUGGACUCUCACCUGGUGAGGCCCCGCAGCCGCAGCAGUAGCGCCAGUCUCGAGCGCGAGCGGGAGCGGGAGCGAGAGCGGGAGAGGGAGCGGCGCAACAGGGACGCGCACAAGGCACAACGCGAUGACAGAGACAAGAGUAUGGAAGUGGAGCGGGCCGCGUCCCCGGUGGAGGUGGGGGGAGGGGCGGCGCCCGAGAGCCUCUCCGUCGAGGAGACCAACCGACUGCGCGCCAAGCUCGGCCUCAAGCCGCUAGAGGUCGCUGAGAAACCGGCCGAUGAUGGGAAAAUCAAAGAUGACUUGGGCGAGUUCUAUCACAAGCCCGCCAGCAACAUCACGCAGCAGAAGAAAACUGAGAAGCUGCGGGAGAAACUCGAGGAGCGCAAGGAGAAGAGGAAGUUGGAACAGAAGUUAAAAACGACAUUACUAGCUGAAGGGUCUGAUGACGAAGACGCUCUGGCCUGGGUCAAGAAAUCACGUGAGCUGGACAAACAGAAACAAGAGGCUGCCAAAAGGGCGGCGAUGCUGGACGAAUUGGACGCAGAGUUCGGCGUAUCAGCGCUCAUAGAGGAGGAGCAAGACUCGCAGCGACCUCUCUACACGCCCGCAUCACUGCGGGGACUGAAGGUUGCUCACCAACUGGACGCGUUGGGCGAGGAGCGCGAGGUAGUCCUCACGCUGGCAGAUCAAGAUGUACUCGCCGAACGACCAGAAGACGUGCUCGUCAACGUCAACCUCGUCGACGACGAGAAAUACAGGAAGAACAUAGAAGAAAAGAAAAAGGCCCGUGCUGGCUACCAAGCGUACGAUGACGAGGCGGAGCUGGAAGCCAGCGCCCUAGGGUUCCGCAAGCCCGUGCUGGCCAAGUACGACGAGGAAAUCAACAAGAACAAACCGGACCAUUCACGUGGGUUCACUAUAGGGGAACACCAUCUUAUGGACCGCAAGCCUUGUAUACGGGAACAGAUGGGCAUGUUCGGCAUGGGGCCGGAUGUGGGCAGGCGCCUGGAGUCCCUGCAGACGGCGGCGCUGCAGCCCGCCGCCGACUAUAUGGACGAACGGGAGGUCGCCGCCAAGUUUAAGAAGACCAAGCGAAAGGGCAAGAUCCGCAAGAAGCCGAAAUCGGAGCCUAUCGACGUGGAGGAACACGAGGCGGGAACUGCACCGCUAGACACAGACGACACCGACGUCAAGCCGGGUGUCGUAGAACUAGCGGUGGAUUCGGACGAGGCGGAGCCCGACGUGGAGCUGCAGACUGCGCUGGCCCGCGCCCGGCGACUGCGGCAGGCCGCCAAUGCAGCGCCCGCGCUACCCAAGGUGGAGGAAGUUCUUCAAGCUGUGAAGGAGGAACCACUGGAGUCUGUGAACGAAGGCGGAAUGUUACUCGACGCCACCGCCGAGUUCUGCCGCACUCUUGCCGAGCCCAGCACUCGGCAUCAACCGCACGAGACUGAGCCGGAGGAGAUGGAGCUGGAGCCUGCACUGGAGGCCGAGGGAGGCGCGUGGAGUCGCGUCGACACGCGCGCCGAUACAGCGCCCGAUCUCGCCGCCGGGCGCGGAGGGGGGCCAGGCGCAGGGGGUGGGGGUGGUCUGGAGGCAGAGCCGGCGCUAGGGGCGGGCGUGGCCGGCGCACUCAGGCUCGCGCUCAGCAAGGGGUACCUGGAGCGCGCCGCCCCGCCGCCCGCCCGGCACCGGGCCCCGCCCGCCCUGCACGCCGCGCACUACUCCAUCGACGACAAGGCGGCGCCCGAGGACGAUAAGUACAGUCGUCGCGAGCGCGGGCACCACUCGCACUCGGGUCCGUUGCAGGAGUUCCGCGAGAAGUCGUCGUUCAGGCCUAACAUCAAGCUGGAGUACGUGGACGACGACGGGAGGCCCCUGUGCCCCAAGGAGGCCUUCCGCUACCUGUCGCACAAGUUCCACGGCAAGGGGCCCGGCAAGAACAAGCAGGAGAAAAGGAUCAAAAAGGCCGUCCAGGAGGGGCUGAUGAAGAAGAUGAGUUCGACGGACACUCCCCUCAACACGCUGCAGAUGUUGCAGGAGAAGCAGCGAGAGACCCAGUCCGCCUACAUCGUGCUCAGCGGCGCCAAGCGAGACAACAACAACUAACCAACCAACGCGAGACAACAACAACUGACCAACCAACGCGAGACAACAACAACUGACCAACCAACGCGAGACAACAACAACUGACCAACCAACGCGAGACAACAACUGACCAACCAACGCGAGACAACAACUGACCAACCAACGCGAGACAACAACUGACCAACCAACGCGAGACAACAUCAACUAACCAAUCAACGCUAUACAACAACAACUGACCAACCAACGCUAUACAACAACAACUGACCAACCAACGCGAGACAACAACAACUAACCAAUCAACGCGAGACAACAACUAACCAAUCAACGCGAGACAACAUCAACUAACCAAUCAACGCUAGACAACAACAACUGACCAAUCACCGCGAGACAGCAACAACUAGCCAAACAACGCGAUACAACAACAACUAACCAAACAACGCGAGACAACAACAACUGACCAACCAACGCGAGACAACAUCAACUAACCAAUCAACGCUAGACAACAUCAACUAACCAAUCACCGCGAGGCAGCAACAACUAGCCAAACAACGCGAUACAACAACAACUGACCAACCAACGCGAGACAACAACAACUGACCAACCAACGCGAUACAACAACAACUGACCAACCAACGCGAGACAACAACAACUGACCAAUCAACGCGAGACAACAACAACUGACCAAUCAACGCGAGACAACAACAACUGACCAAUCAACGUGAGACAACAACAACUAACCAAUCACCGCGAGACAACAACAACUGACCAAUCAACGUGAGACAACAACAACUGACCAACCAACGCGAGACACGGUCCGCCUACAUUGAGCUCAGCGGCACCAAGCGAAACAACAAUAAAUUACCAACCAACUAGUUUACAACCUGAACUUCUGUUCAAUAUGACAACAUAACACCUUUUUGUAAUGUCGGUAACACAGCAAGCACCGGUCACAGCUUAAAAUAGUCAGCCGUAGAGACAAAAGGACAUUCUCAAUCCUGCUUUAAAGAUGUGAUGCAAAUUUCUAUAAGUUUUCAUGAUUUGUAUAUUUUUAUCAAUGAUGAAGUAUUGGUAGGAUGCCGGUCUUCCGAUGCGCAAGAAUCCUUAAUAAUCGUAUUUCUUUCUCACGAAUGCAUUUGAUCUAAUUGGCUCACGUUCAUAGAAAACAUCGCACCUUUAGAAUUACAACGACGCAAGUGCAAAAUAACGUUAAAAUAAGUUAAGUAUAAAAAACGUUGUUAAAAGUGACAAACUAUCGUAAGGAACAUUGACUCUUAUGUAAUUCCAAUAAAUGCCGCUAGAUGGAAGUAGCUUCAACGUCAAAUUGAGCAAGAUGCGAAAGCAACAACGCCUGAUUGGUCAGUUUUUUAUACUUAACUUAUUUUUAGGGGCAAUUCAUUGAAUACUACUAACAAAAAUGUUUUUAAUAUUCUUUUGGUUGUGUAGGCCGCUGCUGCUACAUUGGAAACUGUAGAGUGGAAAACAUUGGAACUAAUUUUAGAUGUAUAUUUUCGGGAUACACUUCUUAUAUGAAAAUAUGUAAUAAAUGACAAGGUUAGACAAAUGAUUGUUUUAUUUAUUCCAUUCUGACGUACACAGAUCUAUUUCAUUAUCAAUACAUAAUCGAAAUUGCGUCUAUUUCGAAUAAAAAUGACAAUUACAUUUAAAUAUUCUUUUCUAGACACGUUAAGCCGUUGGUCCCGGCUGUAUCUGCAGUCGUUAGCACCCGCCAAUCGCACUGGGCCCGCGUGGUGGGUCAUGGCCCUAUCUCCCUAUUCCAUCCAUAGGGAAGGCCUGUGCCCCCAGCAGUG